GUCUAGAUAUAAAUUGUUUUUGUCCUAUUGUUUUUAGAUUUCGUAGAUAAUUGGAACAUGUGAGAAAAGUUAUUUUUUCUUUGUGUUAAGUAAAACUUGUAAUUGUCAUAUGCUAAAUAUGGCGAGCAGUUCUGUUCCUUGUGACACUUUGAUGAUAUGUCAUCCCUCGAUGUCAAUAUUAGCGAAAAAGAUUAAUGAUCUCGUUGCCAAGUCUCAAGGUAAAAGAAUUGUAUUCAAAGAGGAUAUACAUUGGAAAUUUUUUGAGGACGGAUAUCCAAAUAUCUUUAUCGAUAAUAUCGAAGAAUGCUCUGGGAAACAUGUUAUUUAUCUUGGAAGUUUUUAUUCUCCGUCAGUUGUUUUUGAACAAUUAUCUGUGCUUUAUGCUUUGCCCAAGUAUUCAGUCAGAUCACUGACUUUCGUUUUACCGUUCUUUCCAACUGGUACCAUGGAACGAGUUGAUACCGAAGGACAAAUUGCUACUGCGAGUACAACUGCACGUUUGUUGUCAGCAACACCGUUAACUGCAAUGGGGCCUACCCAGUUGUUGACAUAUGAUAUUCAUGCUUUGCAAGAACGGUUUUAUUUCACGGAUAAUAUUAUUCCACGUCUGAUGUCUGCCGUUCCAAGAUUUUUACAAGAGGUUAAAACGCUUAAAAAUGCAAAUGAGAAGGUUGCUAUUGCUUUUCCUGAUGAAGGUGCACACAAGCGAUUUCAUACGUAUUUUAAAGAUUUUCCUGUGAUCCGUUGUAUAAAAAGAAGACGCGGUAAAGACAGGGAGAUCACGAUCGUUGAUGGUAAUCCAGAAAACCAUCAUGUUAUAAUAGUUGACGAUUUGGUCAACACUGGUGGCACAGUGCUAGAAUGUAUAUCAUGUAUGAAAUCUGCAAAAGCUUCAAAAGUAAGCGUCUAUGUUACGCAUCCAGUUUUUCCUCGAGAUUCGUGGAAAAAGUUCAUACAUGCAGAGGAGAAUUUAAAUACUCCUCAUAUGUUUUGGAUAACUGAUUCAUUACCGCAUGCAUUAGAAAUUGUGAAAUAUAAACCAUUUCAAUUGAUUUCUCUAGCUCCAAGUAUAUGUGCAGCCUUAGGAGUUGACAUUCCAGAAUAAAUCUUAUAUUUCAUACCCUGUUUCAAUAUACGAGAACUGAAGAUUUCAUAUAUUUGUGUCUUGUUCUGAUUCGUUGUAGAUAAAACCUUCUUCAUGUUUUAGUUUUAACAGUUUUUUUGUAAUUAUAUUCGGAAUUUUAUAUAAUAUUUUAAAUAAUCGUCACUGAUUUAUGCAAUCUGUAAGAAGUUCAAUCUUUGCAAAAAGUUUUUUGUUUUCACAUUUAAAAAAAAAAAUUAAUAUAUUGUGAAUUUUGAUUUCAUUUAACUGCUGUAAUACUUGAUUUAAUAGUCGAGUAGUAAUAAAAUUGUUAAAAAUGCUUUUAUAUAUAAAAUAACCCUGAGUGGCUGAAAUAUAACGAAACGAAAUAUAAUAUGUGUUCAAAUAUACAAUUUAAAAGUUAACAUGAAUCAAGAAUUUGUUUUCCUAUAGUAAAUAAGGAUCAUUCAAGAACGAAUUCUAGACACUAUUUUCUUAGAUUCUUUAUUAUGAGUCGAAGCAACUUUAGUUAGCCUACGUUAAAACCUGUAAUUUGUAUGGCACCUUGUCAAUGCUACCGUAAUAAAAUUUGUUAUAACUCGUAUUCACAGUUCAACUGUUCUAUUUGUAACAUAAAAUCUAUAUUUUAUGGAAUUUACUUAUAAUCCACUGCCUCGCAUACAAUGCUAUAUUAGCCCAUAAUAUGUUCCCCACCUCUGUG